AAUUUAGUCCAAUUUUCUCCAAUUUUAGAAUUAAAAUGUGCUCAUUCCAAGUUUAGAAAAAGCUCUAACAUAUGUCUGAUUUCAUUCCCACCUUUCAAUUUCCCGCCCUUUUCCACAUUUAAGCUGCCACGGACGAACAAGGCAAAUUGAUGAAUCGAAAAACCAAUGACCCCAGAAAAUCUCCUAACCCGUCCUCUCAUCGCCGAUAAAUUAACGCUGGGUUGCCCACUCCUCGACCGCUGCCUCGGCGGCGGGGUCCCCUGCUGUUCAAUAACGGAGCUCGUCGCCGAGAGCAGUUGCGGCAAGACUCAAUUUUGCCUCCAACUCGCCCUCUCCGCUCAGCUCCCGCCAUCCCACGGCGGCCUCUCCGCCUCCUCGCUUUACCUACACACCGAAUUCCCUUUCCCGUUUCGCCGCCUCCACCAACUCUCCCAAGCAUUUCAAUCCUCACACGCUAACCUCGUAGCCAUUAACCCCUGUGAAGAUGUGUAUGUUCAUGCUGUGCACGACGCACAUCAGAUGCUUGAUAUAAUGCCCAAGAUAGAGUCUUUUAUUGAGAGCGAGAAAACCCGGUUGCCUGUCAGGCUAAUUGUGAUUGAUUCCAUCGCGGCGCUGUUCCGGACUGAAUUUAACAACACCCCUUUGGAUCUUAAGCGGAGGUCGUCGCUGUUUUUCAAGAUUGCCGGGAAGUUAAAGUCGUUGGCCAACAGGUUCCGAUUAGCGGUGGUGGUGACGAACCAGGUGGUUGAUUUUAUGGGGGCAAGUGAUGGGGUGAAUGGGGUCAAAGUGGGCAACUUUGGCUCAUUGGACUCGUCGGGAAGACGGGUUUGCCCUGCUCUGGGACUCGCUUGGGCGAAUUGCGUGAAUUCAAGGUUGUUCUUGUCGAGAAAUGAGGUGGUUGUUGGCGAAGGGAAUAGCAAUGAGCUGGAGGAUGGUUUUUGUAGGCAAACAAAGAGGCGACUUGAUAUUCUUUUUGCGCCUCAUUUGCCCCAAGCAUCGUGUGAAUUUGUCAUCACACGACAAGGAGUGUUUGGAGUUGAGUCAGUUGGCAUAUAGAACUGAUUGAAGUGGCCCUGUGCUUGCUUAUAUUAUUUUUAGUGUUUGAUUUUGUAUGUAGGCUUCCGCUAACAAAAGUGAAGACCGGAUUACUACACCAUUGGUUUUGGAUUCACUUGUCAUGAGAUCAAAUGAUUCUGAGGCCAAGUUUUUGCGAAAGGAG